AAUAUUUGGUGUGGACUAUUGUAAAGGGGGACACUUCUGAUAGUUUGCUUCAAGAGAUGGCAUCUGUUUUUCUGUUGUUAUUGCACUGUUCUCCUUUUUUCUAGUCAACAAUCGGGGUUGUUUCAGCUGCACUUGGCUGAGGUCCAAGGCAAGCAAAUAGACUCCAGCUUCCUGGAAGUGACUUUGAAAAGAACAUGAGAGGAAAGUUAACUAAGGGACUUUGUCAGAAGAACCUACACUUGCAUCUCUUUCUGGAGUACACAGAACAUGGCCGGGUUGAGUGACAAAAUGUUCUGCUGCCACUGGGUCCGCCACAAGGUUCCCCUGGCCCACAGAGAAGAACUGUACCAUAUCCUGAAGAUGACAGGGCCUCUGCUGUUGUCUCGAAUCCUCAAUUAUCUACUUCCAUUUGUGAUAACCAUGUUCUGCGGCCGUCUGGGCAACGAGGUGAUGGCCGGCUACGGAUUAGCAUCUGCUACCAUCAACGUCACCACGGCAGCGACAGGAUUCGGUCUGAGUCUGGCUUGUGAUACGUUGGUGUCUCAGACCUUCGGGGGCAAGAACCUGCUGGGGGUGGGCAUCAUCCUUCAACGCAGCGUGCUCAUCCUGCUGCUCUUCUGCCUUCCCUGCUGGGCUCUGCUCCUCAACGCUCAGGCCGUCCUGCUGCUGCUGGGCCAGGACCCUGAGGUCAGCCGGAUAGCACAUCUGUACAUCAUGGCCUCCCUGCCAGCUGUGCCAGCAAUGUUUCUGCACAACCUGCAAGUGUCUUACCUGCAGAACCAGGGUAUAAUAUUACCACAAAUGUACACUGCAGCCGUGGCAAAUGUUGCCAAUGUGAUGAUGAACUACAUCUUUUUAUACUGGCUGGAUCUCGGGGUCAGAGGAUCUGCGGCCGCCAAUUCUCUCUCCCAGAUUUGCAUCUGUGCUUUUCUGUUUGCUUACAUUCGCUGGAAGAAGCUGCAUGAAAGCACAUGGGGAGGUUGGUCCCUAGAAUCGCUGCAAGAGUGGGGCCCCUACAUGAAGCUGGCCCUUCCCAGCAUGCUCAUGAAGUGCUUCGAGUGGUGGGUCUACGAGUUUGGAGGAUUCUUUGCAGGCAUGAUGAGUAAAGAUGAGCUGGCUGCCCAACAUGCUGUGAUGAUGGUGACCUUGCUGACCUACAUGUUCCCUUUCAGCAUCCAAGCUGCAGCGUGCGCCCGGGUGGGCAACGCUCUGGGUGCUGGAGACACCAGCAGAGCCAUCCUCACCUGCAAGGUGUCCCUCACCCUCGCAGGUGCGCUCGCAGUUGUUGAAGGUGUCGUGCUCGCCGCCGCUAAAACUGUGAUCGGCUUCAUCUUUACCCACGAUCAGAAGAUCAUCAGUCUGGUCUCUCACUUGAUGAACGCUUACUGCUUCCUGCAGUUCUUUGACGGCCUUGUCUGUGUGUGCACAGGCAUCUUCUUGGGGACAGGAAAGCAGAACAUACCAGCUGUGGCUAACUUCAUCGGCUACUACUGUAUCGGCCUGACACUCAGUGUCACACUCAUGUUUGUUGCAAAGCUGAGAAUUCUAGGCUUCUGGCUGGGGAUUCUCAUUUGUGUCAUCUUGCAGUCCACAUUUUACAUUAUCGUCAUCUUCAAGCUGGACUGGGACAAGAUGACAGAGGAGGCUGUAAAGCGAGCCCAGAAGAACAGCCAUGUGGCCCUCCUAAGUUCUGCUGUACCGGACCAGUACCAACCUGUCCGGUCCGAGGCCGACGCCGUCACACGGCGAGCCAACGCUGAGCAGCUCUCACUCGGCCAGCUGCUCCUCAGGCGUGGCCUGACUCUCUUUGCCGCUCUCGCUCUCCUGGCUGCGGGUGCAGGUGUGCACUACUUGGUUCCCUUACCACGGAUCUUGCACCCCAACGGUAAUCAGACUACAACCCACUGGAGUAAUGGCAGUUACACUCCUGAUUAGGGUUGCAACAUUUGGGGAAUAUUCAAAGUUGGAAACUUUCCAUGGGAAUUAACAGGAAUUAAUGUGAAUAAUCAUUGAAUGCAACAUGCUAGAUCUCGCAACAUGAUUAUUAGCUAAAACAACCUGAUUUAAUGCAAAUUCCGUUGAAUUUCAACCCUGCACUGUGCAUUCCUCCAUCACAUAUGCAGUGCAUUCUUCCAUUGAUUGAUUGAUUGCACAGUACAGUACAUAUUUCGUACAAUUGACCACUAAAUGGUAACACCCCAAUACGUUUUUCAACUUGUUUAAGUCGGGGUCCACGUAAAUCGAUUCAUGGCAAUCACAUGGCCAGAUAAUUCCCAGCAUGCAACACGCCACAGCAGGGCUAUUGAGGCCACACUAGUAUUUGAGCCCAAGGACUUCAUCCAGUCAGGUAAGUGUUGAUGAUAUUACUGGGGUAAAUAUAGCCCUGAUGCUAAUUUUCUCUAUGUUAAAUCCCAUUCCUUUAUGCUAACAACGUUAGCGAUCCGAAUGGACCUUUUUUGUGAUGUGUAAAGUACAACUAGCAAAUACUAAAUGAGUACCGGUAAG